AUUCAUCGAUACUGGUACAUUCAUGAUCAUAUGUGUUUGAUUUUUUUUUGUUUCAAAUACAAAAUUUGAUCUUGAAUUUGAAACAAAAAAAAAAAAAAAAAAAAUACGAUGAAACGAUCGAUACCAUUAUUUAGCCGUUCACGUAACGGCUAUAAAGGUGCCUUAAUUGUUGCCGGUUUUGUUGGCACCGUUUUGAUUGCAUUAUAUCCAAUUUUCAUUUAUCCAUAUUUUAAUAUUGAAAAAUAUCAAAAAACACAACACGAAAAUCGUAAAGGAAUUAACCGUGAAGAGAUUCAACCGGGCAAUAUGCGUGUAUGGAGUGAUCCAUUUAUUCCUCGUAGCGAUCAAUGAUGAUGAUGAUCAUCAUCAUUAUUAUUAGUUUUUUUCUUAAUUGUAAAUUGAAUCUUUUUUAAUCAAA